AUGCAGUCGCGGCGAAAUUCCAUGAUGUCGCGCGUGUGCCGAAAGUACGCACGUGUGCCGGGGCAACACGGCGACGGCAACGCCCCGGCAUUUUACCCCAUCGCCAUCAACCCUGGCUGGUGGGGGCAGCCGUUUGCGAAGGUGAAGGACGGGAAUAGUCAGGUCCUCUUCAUGUACGGGCUCCUCUUCCCCAUCUCGCUCUAUUGGCUCUUUGACGUCACCAUUGGCCAGCGCACACGUGUGGGGAACGUGGGCAAGCGGGCCCUGUACUCGAACACGUUCUUUAGACAGCUCGACCUCGACGACCCGGACCACGCGAUCAAGUACGAGAAGAUGCGUGAGGAGGUGGCGGACAAUAAGUUGGAGGUUCGCUGGGGCGGGUCCAACUUCCUCGCAAGCUACCUCUGGGAGCCGGGGGAUCCGCAGCCGGAUAUUCGCCGCCGAACUCCCCCGGAGCAUCAUCACUAG